AGUGUGUUCCAUCCUGCAGAGACUGAGGGGGGCGCUGCGUUCGGCUGAAUUCGGUAAUCUGCGGCGGUUCCCGAUGCCCGCAGUAUCGCUACCGGACUCCGCCGGACGGAGACGGGGCGGAAGAGCAUAUUUGAAUCGUUGGUCUAGCUACAAUGGUGAUGCUGAAGGAUCAGGGACUGUAAAGCUGGCGCUGUAGCGGAGACACAGUGUUUUGAUAUGUCAACCUUCCUCGUUCAGACAGGUAGUAAUUGGAUUGUGUAGUACAGACAGACGCACCAUGUAUUCAGAGUGGCGGUCGUUGAACCUGGUGAUCCAGAGCGAUCAGGGUCACAUGAGUGUUCUGCACAGCUAUCCUGACAGUGUGGGUCGUGAUGUGGCGAACGCAGUGGUGCGCCCGCUUGGACUGGGCUUAAACACCAUAGGGGUCGAGAGCAUCCUCAAAACGGACAAAGAGGUGAAAUGGACAAUGGAAGUUCUGUGUUACGGACUGACCCUGCCUCUAGACGGGGAUACUGUAAAGAAUUGUGUGGAUGUGUAUACUGACUGGAUUAUGGCACUGGUGGCUCCUCGAGACUCUAUCCCUCAGCCAAUCAUCAAGGAACCAAACCUCUAUGUUCAGACUAUUCUCAAACACCUCCACAAUCUCUUUGUGCCCAGGCAGGACAAUGCUCCCAACCAGUUCAGACUGUGUCAGCAGGUUUUAACAGCAGUACAGAAGCUGGCUCGGGAUUCCGCUACUAUGAUGAGGGAAACCUGGGAGGUUCUGUUACUGUUCCUGUUGCAGAUCAAUGACACACUUCUAGCCGCUCCAACUGUCCCGGGUGGAAUUGCUGAGCAUUUGGCAGAGAAGCUGAUAAGUGUCCUGUUUGAAGUGUGGUUUUUGGCAUGCACCCGCUGCUUUCCCACCCCUCCCUAUUGGAAGACAGCCAGGGAGAUGCUAGCCAACUGGAGACACCAUCCCCCUGUGGUGGAACAGUGGAGCAGGGUCAUCUGUGCACUGACCUCCAGAUUGCUGCGCUUUACAUACGGCCCAUCAUUUCCUCCAUUUAAAGUCCCGGAUGAAGAUGCAAACUUAAUUCCUGCUGAAAUGGACAAUGAUUGCAUUGCCCAAACUUGGUUUCGCUUUUUGCACAUGCUGAGUAAUCCUGUGGAUUUGAGUAACCCAGCAAUAGUCAGCUCCACCCCGAAGUUCCAAGAACAGCUCCUGAAUGUUACUGGUGUACCCCAGGAAGUUAUUCAGCACCCCUGCCUCAAACAGCUGCCUCAGAUAUUCUUCCGUGCCAUGCGAGGGAUCAGCUGUCUGGUUGAUGCAUUCCUAGGUGUUGCAGUCUCUAAGAUCUAUAUUCAUGAAAGACUGCCAUCUUGUGGCUUUGCAGUUUCUAAGAAUUAUUUACAUGAAAGACUCCCAUCUUUAGGCAUUAUCGUCUCUAAGAGCUAUAUACGUGAAAGACGACCCUCCUCUGGUAUCUCAAGGCCUAGGUCGGACAGUGCUCCACCUACUCCUGUCAACAGACUGAGCAUGCCUCAAGCAACCACUACAAGCAACACCACCCCACCUCACAGCAGGAGGCAUCGGGCUGUCACUGUAAACAAGACAACCAUGAAAGCCACUACAGGGAAUACUGCUCACCCUCCCAAAAUCCAGCAUCAGACAUCCACAACCUCGCCACUGUCUAGCCCCAACCAAACUAGCUCUGAGCCCAGACCGCUGCCCGCACCCACCAGACCAAAGGUCAACAGCAUCCUCAAUCUGUUUGGCCAGUGGCUGUUUGAUGCAGCGUUGGUUCAUUGUAAACUUCAUAACGGAAUGAACAGGGACAACAGCAUGACUGCUUUGGCGACCCAAGCAGGUAUAGAGUUCCGUCGGAAAGGCUCUCAGAUGUCCACUGACACCAUGAUCUCCAACCCCCUGUUUGAUGCCAAUGAGUUCCCAGAUAACUAUGAAGCAGGAAGGGCAGAAGCCUGUGGAACACUGUGUAGAAUAUUCUGCAGUAAGAAGACUGGUGAAGAAAUCCUGCCAGUGUAUCUCUCCAGGUAUUACAUGGGUCUGAUUCAGGGUUUACAGAUAGGAGAUUUCAUCUGCCGCCCUGUUCUUGCCAGCAUCAUCCUCAACUCUUCUGCAUUGUUUUGCACCGAUUUGAAAGGAGUUGAUGUUGUGGUACCUUAUUUUAUCACCGCACUGGAAACCAUUCUGCCUGAUAGGGAACUUUCAAAAUUUAAGGCUUAUGUGAACCCCACAGAUCUGAGAAGAUCCUCCAUCCUCAUUCUGUUGUCAUUGUUGCCUCUCCCCCAUCAUUUUGGCAAUGUAAAGUCUGAGGUGCUGUUGGAAGGCAAGUUUAGCAAUGAUGACGGCUCGUCUCACGACAAACCAGUCACAUUCCUCUCGCUGAAGUUAAGGCUGGUCAAUAUUUUGAUAGGAGCUCUGCAGACUGAAACGGACCCAAACAACACACAGAUGAUCCUAGGUGCAAUGUUAAAUAUUGUUCAGGAUUCAGCACUUUUAGAAUCCAUAGGAGCACAAUCCGAAAUGGGCAGUAGUGAAGGGAGUCACCUGAAGAGCCAUAGCCGCAAUAACAGUGGGAUCAGCACAGCCAGUGGAGGGAGUUCAGAAGCCACCACUCCAGACAGCGAGAGGCCAGCACAAGCUCUCCUGAGAGACUAUGCUCUUCAUACAGAUACAGCUGUGGGGCUCCUGAUUCGCAACAUCCACCUGGUGACACAGAGACUCAACUCCCAGUGGAGACCUGACAUGAGCAUCUCCCUGGCUGCACUGGAGCUUCUUGCUGGUUUGGCCAAGGUGAAGGUUAGUGUGGACUCAGCAGACAGAAAGCGUGCAGUCAGUUCUGUUUGCAGCUACAUCGUGUACCAGUGCAGCCGCCCAGCGCCACUCCACUCUCGAGAUCUCCACUCCAUGAUAGUUGCAGCAUUCCAGUGCCUGUGUGUGUGGCUGACGGAGCACCCUGACAUGCUCAAUGAAAAGGAUUGCCUAAUAGAAGUGCUGGAGAUUGUUGAAUUGGGCAUAUCCGGGAGCAAGUCAAAGAACAAUGGCCAUGAGGUGCGAUACAAAGGUGACAAAGAACCAAACCCUGCUUCCAUGAGAGUAAAGGAUGCAGCAGAGGCCACACUCACAUGUAUCAUGCAGCAGCUUGGAGCCUUCCCCUCUCCCAGUGGACCUGCCUCACCAUGCAGCCUUUUAAAUGAGGAUACUCUAAUUAAAUACUCCAGACUGACCUCCACAAGUAGAGACAACUUUCGUUAUUUCGUCCUGGAUAACUCUGUAAUUUUAGCCAUGUUGGAACAGCCUCUCGGAAACGAACAGACAGAUCCCUGCCCGUCAGUGACUGUGUUGAUACGAGGGAUGUCAGGGAGACAUGCCUGGACCAUGCAGCUCUACCACCAGCCCAGAGGGGCACGGGCUCACCAGAAGCAGGUGUUCGUUCCAGAGAGCCGUCCAGCUCCUAAAAAUGACGUUGGCAUUCGGUUUACUGUGAAACACAGACCAUUCCCUGAGGAAGUUGAUAAAAUUCCAUUUGUGAAAGCUGACCUGAGCAUUCCAGACUUGCAUGAGAUUGUAAAUAGUGAGCUGGAGGUCCAGCACGAGAAGCUGCGGAAUGUGAUGGUGAAGCAGAUGGAGUACGAGUCGGCUCUGGAGCGGCACAGCGAGGAUCUCUGGAGAAACAAGAGCUUCCCUGACCCUGUCACAGACUGCAAGCCCCCUCCCCCUGCACAGGAGUUCCAGACUGCACGCCUCCUCCUCUCGCACUUCGGAUUCCUCUCACUCGAAGCAUUAAAGGAGCCUGGCAACAGCCGCUUACCUCCUCAUCUUAUUGCACUGGACUCAGCCCUCCCUGGCUUCUUCGAUGACGUUGGGUACCUGGACCUGCUGCCGUGCCGACCCUUUGACACUGUCUUCAUAUUUUACAUGAGGGCAGGGCAGAAGAGCAGUCAGGAGAUCUUGAGGAAUGUUGAAUCAUCAGCUAAUGUUCAGCACAACUUCCUGGAGUUCUUGCUGUCUCUGGGCUGGCCCGUUGAUGUGAGGAAACACCCUGGCUGGACAGGAAACGUCUUCACCAGCUGGUCAAUCAACUCAAGCAAUGGCAGCGAGGGCCAGACACAGGAUGAGUCCCCUACCUUGGAGGACACCGGUGGAGGUAUCUUCAGUGGAGAGAAGAAGGUGCUUUACUAUGCUGAUGCCUUGACUGAAAUAGCCUUUGUUGUUCCAUCAUUACUAGAUUCUUCUGCUGAAUCAUCAGAGAGCAGCUUCCCCACCCUGGAAGCCGAGUCCCAAAUGGACCUGUUUCCUAGUUUACUGAAACAGUCUAGUCUGACACUGGAGCUCUUCCCGAACCACUCUGACAGUCUUGGCUCUUCACAUAGGCUGAGUCCCACAACUAAAGCAAAGAAGAUUCCUCCUGGCCGGACAGUGCCUCCACUGGGCCCAGAGACGAAGGUGCUGGUGGUUUGGGUUGAACGCUACGAUGAUAUCGAAAACUUCCCUCUUUCUGAUCUGUUGGCUGAAACCAGCACAGGAGUGGAGACAACAACAAACAGCAGCACUUCCCUGAGGCCAGUGACAUCAGAAAAGGAUGUUCCGAUUAUUUUUAUCCACCCUCUGAAGAGCGGUCUGUUUCGGAUCAAGCUUCAGGGAGUCGCAGGGAAGUUCAGCAUGGUCAUCCCUCUAGUGGAUGGCAUGGCAAUCAGCAGGAGAGCUUUAGGCUUCUUAGUGCGGCAGACGGUCAUUAAUGUCUGCCGAAGGAAAAGGCUGGAAAGUGAUUCCUACAACCCUCCACAUGUCCGCAGAAAACAGAAGAUAGCUGACAUUGUGAACAAAUACCGAAACAAGCAGCUGGAGCCUGAGUUUUACACCUCGCUUUUCCAAGACGUGGGACAAAAGAAGUUGAAUCCGUGAGAUGGACACAAAUAACUGCGUAGAUUCUAUAUAUUUAUAAGCUAUUUUGCUAUUUAUAUCAGCACUUGGUGGCCAUAUUAUAUGAAUGAGGAGGUUUACUUUGAGCAUCAACCAGUGAUGAAAUAUCCGCGCAGCACACAACCCAACCAACCUGCCAGACCGUCGACCGCCCCUCCUGCUUUGCUUCUAAGAAAUUGAUCUUCUUUAGCACAGUACAGUCGGCACACAAUUUUAAACAUGUUAAGAAAACAAGGGUGAACCUGGUAGGAGCCUUAAAGAGGUUUACUGUGAGUUGUUGAAUAUCCUGUAUGAUAACAAUGUCUGGGACUAUUGCUGAUGUUUUUCUUUUUUUAUCACACCAGAAUAUAUAUAUAUUUUUGAAGUUGGUUUGCAGCCUUCAUAUCUCUGUGUCUUUGUUUCCAAAGAAUGCAUUACAACUUGUCUGUUUUCUUUUUCCCAUCCUGUAGAACAGUAUGAAUUGUCACCAAUAGCUGCAGGCUGUCUCUCUUGAGUUUAAUGUUUGGACAUUCAUCCUUCUGUUAAACAGUUUGGCAGCCGUGUAUGAUGAUAAAGUAGCUCUACAGGACAGUUGCAUGUAGAAAAGCAUUAUCAUUUCAAAAGAAAACUGGGAGUACUCUUUCUUUUUAAAAAAAAAAAAAAAAAAAAAAAAAACAUUUAUAUGUGGUUAUGAAAGCAUUAUGGAAUUUUCAAGGGCUCAAAGCAAGUUUUUUUUUUUUUUGGCUUACUUCAACCUAUAUUACAUUCACUUGUUCUUGCAUCUAGUGUUUGAGAAGUUGAAUCUGUCUGCAAGUUUGUCUGUUUUGUAGUCAGCAUUCUACAUUAAACACCUAGGUACUCCUCAUUGAUGUCAAUGUAACUCCUAGUCCCAUUUUUAUUAUACCAAGCAUAUUUCUUUGUGUCAGGUGGCUGCAUAGCUGUCUGCUUGGUAUUGACAUGCUGUUUUGAACACAUGCUUGUUUUUUAAGGUUGGAAUCAACAAUGUUUUAGGUCAGAUCACUGUUGCAGUUGGUAUUUUAAUUCUGGGAAAGCUUUGUGAACGAUUAAAAAAAAAAAAAAAUCCAAGUGUCUUCAAAAUAUAUUUGUGUGUGUCGGUAUUUCAGUUUAUUUCUCAGCAUUUAUGGGUGUUUAAAUGCAGAGGAAGUGGUUUUUAUAUCUGCCGUUAUCAGGUGAGUGAAAACUGAGGCUUUUUUGUAACCGGGUGAGAGAGAGCGAGAUUAUAUUUACUAAAGGAUCCAGUUAUGGAAGGCAAGGUGUAUAAAAGUUCAAACUAUAUUAUAGGUUAAUGCAUUUGCAUCCUGAAAAAUAGUAUAUUCAAAAAUAAAUCUAUUCCAUAUUGUUCACGCACACAAGGCUUUAUGAAAUACAGCCAAGACUAAAAUUCACAAGCCACUGUGUGUAAAGAAAAAUUAAUUAAAAUAUAUAUAUAUAUAUAUAUAUAUAUAUAUAUAUAUAUAUAUAUAUAUAUAUAUAUAUAUAUAUAUAUAUAUAUGUGUGUAAUCUCUGAAUUUCAACACAUUGCCUAGAUUUGAUUUUUUUUCUGUUCUUAUGAAAUAUUUGUAUUCUGUAAAUAUUGCAGGCUUUAACUUGAGAUGUAUAGAAAAGGAUGACUAUCUGUAAAUAUGAAGAUGUCAAGUAUGUUUAAUUUGUCUGUACUUUAUCUCUUUGUUCUUUAGGAAAGGCACAAAAGCUUGUUUGUAUUUAUGCCAAUUCUAUAUCUAUAUAUAUAUAUAUAUAUAUAUAUAUAUAUAUAUAUAUAUAUAUAUAUACACACACACAUAUAUGUGUCCAAA